AUGGCUACCAGAACAGACAGCGCGGACCAGAUCCAGAAGACGCCUUUUGUGAAAGAAUUGGCUGCAAGUGACCGGAAAACACGCGACAAGGCCCUAGAAUCGCUGUCUCGCUUUUUGCGCGCUCGCCGAGAUUUGUCUCUCUUGGAACUGUUGAAGAUUUGGAAAGGCCUGUUUUUCUGCUUCUACCACUCCGACCGUCCCCUCACCCAACAAGCGCUCGCCCGUGAGCUUUCAUACACCCUCGUCCCCAGCCUGCCGCGCGAGAGCCGACUGCGAUUCCUGCGCGCGUUCUGGAUUACCAUUGGUCGCGACUUCCAUGCUCUCGACCGGGUACGACUUGACAAGUACUUGUUCCUGAUCAGGUGUUACGUCGGUGUCGCUUUUGAGGUGUAUCUCAAGGGAAAAAUUAGUCCGUCUGAUAAUAACGGCAUCGCUGAAGACGGGCAAAAGAAGAGGAAAAGACAGGAUAAAAAAGAUAAAAAGGCGAAUGGGAAGAGAAGGAAGCAGAGCACCGAAGAAGAAGAGGAAGAAUCAACACAUCAUGAAGAAGAGGAAGAGGAAGAGGAAGACGGAACCGAGAAAUGGAGCGCGCUAGAGUCGUACAUCACCCUUCUCGAAAACGGACCUCUUUGCCCUAUCAACUUUGAUCCAACAGAAAACGACGGUUCCAAAAAGUCAGAGGAAGAUUCGAUACCAAUGCCGCAUGGGCCCGAUGGCCUGCGGUACCACAUCACCGAUAUCUGGCUCGAUGAGCUUGCCAAAGUCAUUGAUAAGGACGAGGACGGAUCUAAUGAAGUGGCCCUGAAGGAUCGCUAUGAUAUCCCCAUGGACCUAUUGCUGCGGCCCUUUGAGAAACUGAACAAGGAAAGCCCGACAAAGUCAGUCAGACAGAGGGCCUCAGAAGAGGUUCUGAAAGAUGAAAGACUGGUUCAAUGGGGGUUUAAAGAAAAAGUCGUCGAAGAUGAUAAUAGUGAAGAAGACGAAGACGAAGAAUGGGGUGGGCUGGAUGAUUAA